AUGUCGGAAAGCCCGUCCUCAACAGGCUCUCAAGAGCGCAGAAAAUCACCAGUCGUUGUAGUGAGUUUUUGUUAUUCUUCUAGGUUUCUUUCGGCUAUUUUUAAAUUAUAUCUAAAUAAGUACGCCCUGGAAUUUGAAAAAAACCAGAAAAAAAGUUCAAGAUGUAAGCUAGCGCCUUAGAUUUGUUACAGAAUUAUGAAUGGAAUUUUUUCAGGGAUCGAUACCGUACAGACCGCCGAGUUACAUGAUUCCUUUCGCGCUGAGAGGAAAAGGCCACAUCACGUUCUUUCCGGAUGAAACGAACAUUUUGAACAACGACAUUCCGCGACUGGCAAUGCACGAUUCCCAUGAAUAUUUCUUCGAGGCGAAUGACUCAUACUCGAACCCUGAUGUGAAAAUUUUCCUGUCGACGUCCUUCCGGAGCGAGAGCAGAGAUCCGCCCUACGAAAAGCCUAUCGACCUCUACCCACUCAAGUUAGAGAAGUAAGUUCGGGUAUUUUCCCGGGAAACCUGUACAAUGUAUUACUUCUCAAUAAUUGGUUUCUUUUUCUGAAAUCAUUGAUUUAAAAAAAUUAUUGAUUUUGUUUUCCAGGCUGCGGUUCCGAGUUGCCAAGGAAAGACCGAAGUAUACCCAGCGUGGGAAAUUCAUCGCUACGCAUUUUCUCUGCGGCCUGCCUGCAGAAAUGCGAAAGGACAACGUUGAUAUGUUCCUCUGGAACUGUGGAAAACUGCCAAAAUACUUCCAACGCGCCUGUAAAAUGACUAUCUGUGGUGGAUUCGAAACUGGAGAAAUCGAGAAGAAUGGGCAGUACACUCCGUGCGGAACUUUGACGGUUUGUAAUUUUUCAUUGGAUUUUUUUAAUAGAAAAAAACUGAAGAAAUAUGAUUUUUGGCGUUUUUUUAUUUAAAUGAUAACACUUUCCACUGUCAUUGUAAUUUUUUUUAAUAAAAAUCAGGUUAUUUAGAGUGAUUCUAAUAGUUGAACUCAAUUUUGCGUAAUAUACUCAAGGAAUGAUAAUUUUUGAUCAAAUCGAAACAGUACUGUUUUUUCAACCAUUUUUCAAAAUUCCAGGCCAUCCGCGAGAAUCUUAUCAACAGUGGACGCAAAAUGAACGCGGUAAGCAAUUCUUCAACAUUAUUCCAAAAAGAAAACUUGAUGGUCAAUUUAAAAAGUCAUUUCCAGGAACAGAGACGUUUCUACAGUGCCGCUGUCCCGAUGAAACUCAGACCUUGCUUCAUAAAUAGUGAAAUUGUUGGGGUCACGCCAGACGAUCCGAUGACUCUCGGAAAAUUCGAUUGGGAAGCUGAGAGGGUAUAUUUUUGUUAUUGAGAAAAUAAUAUGUUGAAAAUAAACUUUUGGCGUGUUCAAAAAGCGCUUGGAUAAUUUUUUUGAUUAUAUUGAAUUUUAUAGAUUCUUCUUUCAUCAAGAUAUUAAUUUUUUUAAUCUGGAUUGAGAAAAAAAUUGAAUAUCAGAUUAAUAAAUUGAUCUUUUUCAGGCAGCAGCCCUUCGAGCUGAGGCUGGUGUCUUUGACGUUGAAGAAAAGGAAAUCGAAUGGUGGGACAAGAAAUUCUACACCUACAAAGGCUGGGUCAGAGAGUUUUCUCAUGUCAAAAGGCCACUUCCGAUUGCUGAAGGCGAUGAUCCGGAAGCCAAAAAACCACGCUACGAAGAACAGUUUUUCCAGAGUUAGUUGAAUUUAAAAUUCCUUAAAGGCGCAAACGUAUUCAGGACCGGCAGAUCCUGUCACUCCUCGACCCGAAAGCGAUAUAGAAGAUGAGUACUAA